AUGACCUCCAAUCCGUGUGACACGAAAACUUAUGAGGCCUUCUACAAUGAGGGGAUAUCAAGAGAUGAGGAUACUCGAAUGGGAAGCGACUAUGAUGGGGAUUGUGAUGAUAGCGAAACAGAGAAGGGUACCCGUCUUGACAAUGUGAAGAAGCAGGAUGUGAAGAAUUUGUCCGGUGGGAGCUAG